UUGAAACGACAUUUACUUCAUCUGUAACCUGCUAAUUCAAAAACUGCUUUGAGAGGGAUCUGAGAUAUUAAGAAGCAGAUCUGUUGUUUUUCAGUUUGCCGAGGACCUGACAAGCAGGGAAUCGUUCAUUGUUGUCAUUCUGUCGCUUGUGAUUUCGGGAUCUCUGGUUGUAUUCGCAAAAUUAUAUUUUCUUGAAUGUUGUGUAUCGUGGGAGGUUUUGGGAUGGGGUCUGUCCUGACUCACCCCACGAGGCCCUUUGGAAGCUGAAGAUCCACUUUGAAAACAGCUUUUUGAUUAUGGAUUUGAUCAAUAUUAUUCUAGCAAAACGAGUGAAUAUCAUAUAUACGAUAUAUCUUCUGGUUAACGUAAGCUAUAGGGAGAUCAGUUGGGGAAAAAACACUUAGGUUUGGAGAUCAACUCCAAUCCGCAGUGAUGCUUCAGUGGACUGACGUUUAAUACGCGCACUCAGACGGAAAUGGAAACCUGGACAUUUUAAAUCAGUGGCGAUCACUUGGAACAGAUUCAUAAACAUCAACACUCGCGAGCACAUCACAGCUCAAGCUGAUACCCAGAUGUGAAAGUUGUCGUCUCUACUGGCUUUCCCUGACCUAAGGGAUUAGUUGCAUUUAUUAAAACAACAGAACAGUUUUCGGAGGGUCCAUCAUGCCCACCUCUCGAUCCGGCGCGUGCUCGGUGGAAUACUGGGUCGAUGGCUCGCGCCGAGAGGAGACAGUGGAGGAUUUCUAUAAUAUGGGCCCAGAAUUAGGCAGGGGUGCCACGUCUGUUGUGUUUCGCUGUGAAGAGAAGCAAACAGAGAAACCUUAUGCUGUCAAGGUGCUAAAGAAAACUAUUGACAAGAAAAUAGUGAGGACAGAGAUCGGAGUCCUGCUGCGUCUAUCUCAUCCAAAUAUUAUUCGUUUGAAGGAAAUUUUUGAGACUGAAACAGAGAUCUUUCUCCUUCUAGAGCUGGUCACAGGUGGAGAACUCUUUGACAGGAUUGUUGAGAGGGGCUACUACAGCGAGAGAGAUGCAGCUCAUGUUUUCAAACAGAUCCUGGAGGCUGUGGCGUAUUUACAUGAGAAUGGAGUUGUUCACAGGGACCUCAAACCAGAAAAUCUCCUCUAUGCUGACUUGUCAAUAGAUGCACCUCUGAAGAUAGCGGACUUCGGCCUCUCAAAAAUAAUUGAUGAGCAAGUGACGAUGAAGACAGUGUGUGGGACCCCUGGCUACUGCGCUCCUGAGAUCCUCAGAGGAAAUGCUUAUGGCCCAGAGGUUGACAUGUGGUCGGUGGGAGUCAUCCUUUACAUUCUGCUGUGCGGGUUUGAACCAUUUUUCGAUCCAAGGGGGGACCAGUACAUGUACAGUCGUAUUCUUAACUGUGAUUAUGAGUUUGUCUCCCCCUGGUGGGAUGAAGUCUCCCUUAAUGCGAAGGAUUUGGUUAGUAAGCUCAUAGUGCUGGAUCCUCAUAAACGUCUCACAGUGAAACAGGCCCUAGAGCACCCAUGGGUGCUCGGAAAAGCAGCUCGUUUCUCACACAUGGACAUCACUCAGAGGAAACUACAGGAAUUUAAUGCUCGCCGCAAAUUAAAGGCUGCUAUGAAAGCUGUGGUUGCCACAAGCCGCAUGCAUGAGGGCUCGCGGCGGCGGACAGACAGCUGUGAGAUGCCCAACUCUGAAAAGAACUGCCGCCAGAGCAGCUUACAGAAAGAAAACACCUUGGAUUCUCAGAAAGAGCCCAUUCCUAUGAAAGAAAGUUCUGAGCAGGUUGAAAAUGGGGCCUCACACAUUCCAUCAUACCCAAGUCCACCCCUCCACCCUCCCCAUAAAUCCAAACAUUCUGGCCAGCCUGGACCCAUGCCCACCCGACCGCCUCUGAUAGCAGAGGGACACAGGCAGACCUCUGUCAUUACGAAGGCUCCUGUGGUGCGGCCCAGGGUGCCCAAGAAGAGCUGUUCUGUGAAUCCUGGAGGCAAGCAUGAGCCCUCGUCAGUGAGCACCACCCCAUCCAGUCCAAAGAACCUCAGUAACGGUUUCACCAUGGGGGUGGAGGCAGGCGGCAGUACAGCAGAAUGUCAGUAAGACUGGAAAAUUUAAAGAUUUUUGUUUUUAAGGAAGAAGGAGUGACACAGUUUGAGUAUGUGCUGGACAAAGGAGAUGAUGCUUUUAAAACAUCCAUUGAGAAUGUAUUCUUCUCCUCUUCCAUUUUUGCUGUGGAAUAUUUUGAUCCUGGAUCAGCACAUGAUGAGCUAUUUGUUUCCAAAAGCUCUUCACUCCUGGAGGCAUGUGGCUUUCAUGGCAGCUUUCAUUUAGUGGCACAGCAAACAUCGUUUUGUUUUUCCCCCUUGCACAUGCAUUUUGAAUAAGAUUGUCUCUCAUCUGAACUGAAAUUCAUUUUGCUCUUUAGCUAUCAUAUGCAAAUGAUCAUACAAUACUUUUCUCUCUCUAAAGGUAGUGAGGAUCAUGUCUCUGUGAUGUUGUGAUAGUAUAUAUUUGUUUUAGGAAUGAAUGCUACAAGACCCUAAACUUUGUGUUGUAUACACUAUUCAUAAAGGAAUAUAUAUAGAUAUAUACAAUAUAUAGAUAUAAAAUGUAUCUUUAUAUGUCUUUAUCUUCAUUUUAAUGAACCCUUUUUGUAUUUGCACACUACACCAGAGUAAAUUGCUUCAAAGCUCGGACCAAUGUUAAAAAAAUAAUAAAAAAAUAACAAAAUAAAUAAUUGGCAUUAAGGAUUAAUUGUUCCCAGCAUGUUUCUGACAAUAGCCCAUUAAAUCGAAUGUUAUUCAGGGUUACCACAUUGAUGUCAGAUUUAAUCCUUCCCUUCUUACUUACUCGUAUUGCUGUGUAAGGUAAUGGUUGCCUCUAAAGUCUUGAGGAACUAAAACAUACAGCUUCAACACAUGGCAACAUUUAUUAAAAAUCACACCUAAACUGCCACUGUACUAUUAAAAAUCUUCUAUUUGAGGUGGAAUGUGCAUGACUAGUACGUUUCAGCCACACUGUCUACCUCUUCUACUGUACAGGGGCUUCCAACUCCUCAAAUAGAAAAUUAUGUAAAAAUCUACACUUAAGAUAGACGGCAUGUAAGAACCAAUGUUGAAUGUCAAAGGGCUGUUUUUUUUUUUUUUUUGUGAACCUGUUUAUGUUGGCUGAAUUGAUCUGCCUCUAUGAACAUGUUACAGCAACGCAAAAUGUGUCAAUAUAUAGUAGUUUCUCGUCAUUCUAUUUUUUCUUUUAUCUUUGCCAAACGAGACUGCUUUGUACAUACUGCUUACAUACACUGUAGCCAGUUUUAGACAUCGCUGGAACAUUUUGAUCAUGUAUGAGUAAUAUGAAAAUUUUGUAGUUAAUCAAAAUCACUUAAUAAUUCUGUGUUCAACUGUGGGCCAAUGUUGAUGCUGUUUAUGUUUGAGCAGUUUCCAUGUUUCCAAAAUUAAUAAAGUCUGCU